AUGUCGCGGAAUAUGUCGCGGAAUAUAUUGGCACUUCUUGCUGUUGUCUUGGGCACAGAGCUAUAUCUCUGUACGAUCCCCAAGGCGGGUUCAUUGUGGAACAUCAGAGAGGAUUACUGUAAAAUCUACUGUCGGGGAUCUUGCUUUGGCUUUUUCAAUGAUAGAAUGUGCUUCAAAUCGAAUAAUCGAAUCGAAACCAAUCAUUUUCAAUUGGAUCUGCAAGCGGGACAUUUAAGGAUCAAGUGGAAGGAGAGUCGAGGGUCUAGAGUGUCGAAUGUGACCGCCAUUACCGAUGAAAGUGCAACGAAACUCGAAAGCCUAACAGUAACUGGAAUCCCGAGCUCCGAGGAUGUUCGAUUUCGUCCUGGAAUAGAUUAUAUUCGAGAUCUUGGCGUUGCCACAGUCCUAAAGUACGAAAUAUAUUCCAAAGAUCUGAUAGUACUUGAAACUGAAAGCAGUUUAAUGGAGGGACCUUCUGAUUUGACUUUAAUCUACACUUUAUCCAGUGAGAGUUCCAUAGAUUCCCACGCCGCAAACACUUAUAUUCGGGGAACGAUGAACAACUUGAAGACUAUUCAGAUUUGCCAUGGGCAAGAGUCCCAAACUCCCGAGUUCUGGAUGGAAGAUGGUAUUUUCAGAGGCAAAGCACAAUUAAGGCUGCUCGCUUUUCAAGGAUUCAAGAUGGAAAAUCUCACAGCGCACACUUUGGAAGAUUUAAAAGGCUUGAAAAUAUUAAAUUUUAGCAAAACAACUGUCAAGGAUCAAAGCUUCUUGAGUUCAGAGAAUCUCCGGAAUACAUUGGAGAACUUUGUUAUGGGCGGCACAGAGAUUGCGAUUGAAACGAGAUAUUUUGAGAACUAUUCGCAACUAAAGUUUAUUGCGGGUUCAAAAUUUGAGCCCCAUGAAAAUGUCACUGCUUUUAUGUGUAAAGAGAAUUUUCUGUAUUGCAUGUUCACACGCGGAGUCCAUGGGACGCGUUGUCCGGUCGAAUGCAAAUGCAGAUAUGAGCCAAACGAAGGCGAGUUUAUAAUUGAUUGUAGCGAACGAAAUUUGAACGAAAUUCCGCCCUUGCCAAGCCCGAUUACAGGAUUUACAACGCUUAAAUUUCGCGGUAACAAUCUCAGGCAACUGCCCAGCCACUCGACCUCCGGCUAUGAUCACGUGAAUCGAUUAGAUGUCUCUGAAAAUAAUUUACAUAGCCUACGGAUAGAGCAGCUGCCGGAACAUCUUGAGCGUCUGAACAUUGCCUACAACAACAUCUCCACACUCGAUAAAUACCUGGUGAACUAUCUAUACAAAAAUCUAUCCAUCUCCCUAAAUAAUUAUGGCAAUCUGUUCAUGCCGUAUUGCGAUGAGAGGCUAUUUUCAGAUUUCGACAUUUUCUUCUCCAAGUUUCGGGAAAGAAGCGACAGCCACAUCCGCAAUUUUCUCACAGAACAUGCACGAAGCAUACAACUGACGGACGAUCCCUGGUAUUGCUUCUGGAAGAUGGCAGGUGUCCUGUCGUCCUCCAGUCGGAGGGUACAAGUGGGCUACGAGAGGAUAUACGCUGUGGCCCUAGAGUUUUCCCAGUACCAAGGAGACUGUCCGGACUGCUGCACUUGCCUCAGAAAUUCGUACACCAUGGAAUUCAUCGUGGACUGCAGGGACGAAGGCCUCUCGGCGAUACCACCACUACCUAUGCCGACUUACGGCCAAACCGCCCUUUUAUUUCAGAACAAUAAACUCCGCGCAUUGCCCAAUGAUACGUGGCCAGGGUACGGGAGUGUGGGGCGACUCUUUUUGGCCAACAAUCGACUGACAGCACUCGAUCAUCUGCCGCACAACCUCACCUACUUGGACAUUCGAAACAACAGAAUAUCUGCCAUAAGGAGAAAGACUCUAGAGUUCCUUGAAAGGCGAAAGGAAUCGUCAGAUCUGAGGCUAUUCCUGUCUGGAAAUCCCUGGGCUUGCACUUGCGAGGAGAAGGAUUUCUUGGGAUUCGUGAAGGGAGGAGGUUCCAGAAUCGGAGAUGUCACAAAUAUCACCUGCGGGGACACCCCAGGGAACCUCCUGAUAGACACAGAGGAGAGUGACAUAUGCCCCUCUGGCCUGGUGCACUAUGUGACCCUCACCGUUUCGUUCAUGCUGAUGGUCCUGACCAUAAACCUAAUUAUUUACUUCAAACAGCCCCUCCUGAUCUGGUGCUACGAGCACGACGUGUGCCUGAGCCUCGCCGCCCGGAGGGAACUCGACGAACGCAAGAAGUUCGAUGCAUUUCUAUCCUUCACCCACAAGGACGAGGAACUGAUUGGGGAGUUCGUGGAGAGACUGGAGAAUGGCGGCCAGAAGUUCCGACUCUGCUUCUAUCUGCGCGACUGGCUCGUGGGCGAGUCCAUUCCCGAGUGCAUCAGCCAAUCCGUGAAGGACUCGCGGCGCAUCAUCAUCCUGAUGACAAACAACUUCCUGAAGUCCACUUGGGGGCGUCUGGAGUUCCGUCUCGCUCUCCAUGCCACCUCCCAGGAUCGAUGCAAGCGACUGAUUGUGGUCCUCUAUCCCGAGGUGGAGAACUUUGAUGAUUUGGACAGCGAACUGCGCGCCUACAUGGUGCUGAGCACGUACCUCAAGCGAGACGAUCCCAAUUUCUGGAGCAAGCUGAUCUAUUCGAUGCCACAUGGUACUCGUAAAGCGCAACGUUGGGUCAAAUGGAGUGCACAUGCAGAUGAGGUCAUUGAGUUUACUUAGACAAUGGAAUAAAU